CCGGCUGAUCGACGCGUAGCGGGGUGAACCUGCUGCCGUUGCCAUGGGACGACGACGAACUGACAGCUCGUGCAGAAAUGUCGGCUGAGUUGCAUCCUGAGCUCGCGCGAGCCAUGUGACACUUGGCGUUUCCUCCGAACCAGACGCGUUUUUUCUUUAUUUUUUCUUUUUAUUUCGGACAUUUCUUUUUUUUAAUUCCCUUUUACAUUUAGCCCUAGAAUGGAUUCGGAGGAACGGGCGCAAAAGUUGAUCCCGGCGGUGUCGUUUGGAUGUCCCUGAACUCCAGAUGGAAAGCUGACUUCUGCUGCAGGCUGGGGGAAUAACGGAAUUACCUCUCGGACCGAAGAGCUGUGCAGCCCGUUGCUGGCUCGGAAUAUCUCUGGUAGCCUACUCCUCUCUGAAGACACCGGAGACUUUCCAGUUUAAUGUUUUAUAGGUAGACCCCUAUUUAAAAAUGUUUUUUGCAAACUAUUUUAUAUAAAAAUAGAACGUAAUUUUCUCAAUCCACAUCUACUCAUAUGAAUGACCAUUUUCAUUCUACGGAAAGGCUGAUUGAAUUAACGGACAUAGGAAAUCCGAUCUCCACCUCGGAGCAGCCACCAGUCCUUAUAAUACCGUUACAGCAUUUGUAAUCAUGAUUCAUGUCACCAUCUGGACACAGAGCGGCUCUCAUCAGUCCAGGGAUUAGUUUAUAGUGACACAAAGAUCAUAGAAAGGGAAAUCUGACACCGUCGUGUAAUUGACAACUUUUGUUAAUUAUUUAGCACCAAAUUUCUCUGAAGAGGAUCUUUCCUGCAGGUUGCCACAUGUUGCCAAAGUGACAUCUCUGUAAAAUGACAGCAUGAACGCACCCCUUCACAUAAGAAAGUUGUGACGCUUGGCUGGUGGAGUCACUUUUACGCACCGGAAAAGAAUGCGCUCUGCAGAUAUGGGGACCUUUUAGAGAUUUCUUCUUCAUGGAUCAAAGACGCAUGGCUUUUUUGUUCUUCCUCACAGAGACGCCCUGCUGUGUGAUUGCGUUUUGAUUUUGUAAAACUUUGAAGAGAUCGUGUGGGUCCAAAUGUGAUGAUCCUUCUUUGGUGUUUCCAUGCGUCUUUCUUUUCCUCCUCCAGACCACUGGACGGUGUUGUGGAUUGUGUUGCAGUUGCAUGCGAUGGGCUGCAUCCAGAGCAUCAGGUGUAAGCCCAAGAGUUUCCGAGACAGUAUCACCGUCCUGGAUCUGAGCUCGUCCAUCGACUCCAGCCCCACCAUCAUCGACGAGACGUCCAGCGUGGUCCUGCGCUACCGGACGCCGCACUUCCGUGCUAAUGCGCGCGUCGAGGUGCCGCCUAUUGCGACCAAAGAGACCUGGACCAUCGGCUGGAUCCAAGCGUGCAACCACAUGGAGUUCUACAACACAUACGGGGACAGAGGGAUGUCAAGCUGGGAGCUCCCUGACCUGCGGGAUGGAAAGAUCCUGGCCAUCAGCGACUCAGACGGCGUUAACUACCCAUGGUACGGCAACACCACAGAGACCUUCACGGUGGUAGGGCCCACCAAGAGGGAGAGCAAGUUUACUGUUAGCAUGAAUGACAAUUUUUACCCCAGCGUGACCUGGGGAGUCCCAGUCAGCGACAGCAACGUGCCUCUGCUUAGCAGCAUCCACCGUGACCAGAGUUUUACUACCUGGCUGGUUGCCAUUAACCAGGCCACCUCAGAGACAGUCGUCCUGCAGACGGUCUGCUGGAGGAUGCGUCUUCACAUUGAAGUGGACUCACAGAAGCCACUGGGCCAAAGGGCUGUCUUAAAAGAGCCCGUGGCCCAGGAUCAACCUCAAAAACUGUGCAAGAACGAGCUUAUACCUCCCAACGCCAUGGUCAAGCCCAACGCCAAUGAUGCCCAGGUGCUUAUGUGGCGGCCAAAGAAAGGUGACCCUGUGGUGGUCAUCCCACCCAAAUACUCACCUGUCCCACAGACCAGACUGACCUCUGAUACCUGAUCAGUAUCUGUUCAUUUGUGUUUUUUCCCACUUUCCACCAGCUUUUAGCGCUUUAAACCAUAUGUGAUAUUUAUUCACCCUUUUUGCCACCUCUACAUUUUACUCCACAUUAGGAAAAAAAAAACACUGACAGGAAUCUAAAUGAGCCAGCUGUUGCUUCAAAAACAGGGCUUAGAACUGAAGCGAAGUCCCUUGCAACCAUUCUACCUUCAGUUGUUGGUCGGGCCUCGGUGUGCUAAAAGCUAAACGGAAACAGAAAAGUGUUUUCAUUUGAGCGUGGGAGAGUUUUGAACAAUGUACCGUGCAUGACCGUGUCUGCACAGAUGCUGCACAGACUGUGUGUACAAUUACCUGAGGUAUCUUUUUAUUUAUUUAUGAGCUGGGAGAGAGUGCAUUUACUUCUGUUUGUAUGUUUCCGAGUUAUUCACAAAACAGACUGCUACGCGGAUGUAGCAGGUUUUAGUACUUUUUACCAACAUGCAAUGACAUUCGAUCCAUGCUGCCUUAAGUUUACAUUGCUUUCCACUGCAAGUGUUUUAGCCUUAAACAAAGUGCAAUGCAGUUUUUGGUCAUCCGUUCCGUUUCUUCCAGACUUGUUGGUGCUGGCGUGUGCGGGUUUAGGACAGGAAUGAUUGCACAGCAGAGCAAAUUGUUUUAAUUGUUUAUUUCUUUUUUUACAAGUCUGCUUUCUAGUAACCAGUGUUGGAGCAGUUACACAAUCAAACUAGCUAGCAGCGUUGGAAUUUCAAGUGCAUUAUGCAAUGGAUGAGAAGCUUCGCGUAGCUCGUUGUGAAAAAAUCAUCCGUAAUUUCCAUUACUCCAUCUCAGAGCCCGCCUCUUCUUUUAACCUGCUGUCUUCUAUUUUUUCAUCCAACAUCAACACCAAAAACAAACCCUAUUUUUUUUUUAUCGUGUCCAUCUAUCACCUCACAUCUUUAUCUUGAGCAGAAUUCCCCCUCCCGCUCCUCACUUCCUCCCCCUGCCUUCCCUUUCUCACUUUUCUUUCAUCGGAGGCUGAAAGGCAUAACAGGAAGAGCACGAGUUUAAUGCCGACUGCACGACCGGCAUGAAGAUGACCCACUUCUCUUUUCUUCACUGCCAGUCGUUGCUCCCUCUGCAAUGUGGGGCUUGUCUUCCUUUAUUUCACCGCCAGCGAAGGCGAUGCGGGACUACACAUGCAUGAGCAAACAGCUCCGGUCAGCUAAAUAUCAACGCCUGACAAUAAGAUGCAUGUCUAACUGGAAAUCUUAGAGAGAAAAUUAAAAGCAGAGAGAGAGAGAGGAGGAAAAUUGUUGGUCCUGUACACAGAUUUUUACUUUAAGAUGCUAGAAACAUCUCGGUGGUUUAUCUUUCCCCGUCUGUGCGCACGCGUGGCUUUCACCAAAGACAAUAUUUGCAUGCAAGUCUGGUCUGAUUCAGUUCACUGAGACCAUUCAGCUCUGGCUUCUCCACUGUUUAAACAUCUCCAUAAAGAUCAAUCCAGGGGCACAUCAGCCCUAGCCUGGUUGUGAUUUUGUUGCAUUGCUUCCUAUUUGUUUUGUAUGCCACUUAAAAUCAAUUAUUAAAAAAAAAAAGAUCAGUUCUCCUUAUUAUUCCACAAAAAUGCUGCCAAGAGCGAUCUUCACUUGGCUGUAAGUUGAGCGUAUCCAGAGACCACCGUUUUGUUAAUCCAGCAGAAUCAGCAACUUGAAAGGACAUUUUUAAAGAGCAAGUUCAUAGAGAAACCAGGUUUUUACUUGUUAUUGCUUAAAUACGAUCAGUCACAUACAGGCUGAGCAUGAAAAUAGUCUUCUACCCUUAUUGGCUGCGUUAGCCGGCAAUAGAAAAUAGACGAGGAAACGCUUGGAUUAGAAAAGCCACUCAGAUCUAUGCCACACUGUAAAUGAUCAUUUAUGGACUCAACCAUCUUGGCUUCCGACGGGAAAGGUUGUUGUUGGUUUAGCAUCCAGGAGAGAGAAGAUUGUGUCUUAGCUAGUAGAAGCUAACUGUUAGCAUUAACAACUCGCUUGUUUUAUUUUUGGAGAUGAAAUAUCAGCGUUGCAAAGCAAACAGAGGGAGCGGUAGAUUCAUGUUGCUGUUAGCCAAUCAGAGGCGAGAUGUCAGAAUAGCAUGAAUAUUAAUGAGCAAGACUUUAAUUCCUGCUGCCCCAACACCCGGCUAACUUCUAGUUCCUGAAACAGAAGCACCAAAGCUUUUUUUUUUUUUUUUUUUUUACCACAGAGCAAGACUCAUAAGGCCUUCCUUUACACUAGAGACCACUGCUGUAUUGAACAAAUGAAUGAAUGAGAGGUUUAAAAACUCAGUGCUUUUGGAGCAAUGUUUACUCUCUGUCCUGCUGAAAGUUGUGUAAAUAGAUUGAGACUUAUCACAGAUCAGUGGUAAAAACACGUAACUACAGCCAGUGGUUAGUUUAGACUUGAGCAAAGCCCCAACAUGAUCUAAAACCAUUAAAAAUUCAUCUACCAGUGCUUUUGAAGCUCGUUAGUUAAGGUGUUUUAUCUCAUUCGCCUCCGAAUGCUUAUUUAAAAUUUCACUGCAAUCGAUCCCCUGAACUCUAAAUGGGCACUAGCACAGAUAAAGGUCUUCAAAGGCUCUGUGGAGUGGUGCACUAACAGUGGAAUGACAUUAUUUGAACCAUAACUGACAGAUCAGAUCCAUCCUUAAUGUAAAACGGACAUCAGGGCUGGUACUGGAGCUGUACUCGAAACUGCCUCUGUCCCAGGGCUGAGUCACAGGGCGUCGUGGUAAAAGGGUGACAGGAACAAAGAGGCUACUGGGGACCGAUGUCAUAAUUAGACAUAUGCUGACACACUCUUUUGAUGCCCUACAUGGACUGAGCCAUGCUGAACCGGGCUAGAAGGCAGGGGUUUAAAGAUGCAGUGGGCCUGUGUGUGUGUGCGUGUGCGUGUGUGUGUGUGUGUGUGUGUGUGUGUGUGUGUGUGUGUGUGUGUGUGUGUGUGUGUGUGUGUGCGCGUGUGCGUGUGUGUGUGUGCGUGUGCGUGUGUGUGUGUGUGUGAGGAAGGUGAAGACAAAUACAAUCAGCUCAGACACCAACAACUAUAACUAAUGCCAACAUGUCCUAGGAGCAACUUGGAUGCUGGCCAGGAGUUAUUUCAUUUUGCAAGUUUCUUUGUGAAAGGCUGCAUAACGUUGCUGCACUUGUUGGGAACUCUGUGACCUUUGACCCAGCACUGUCGUGAGGCUGUCCUAUAAUACCCUGCCAGUUGAUACUGACAAUACUCAAGCGGGACAUGAUGGAAUUAAAUCGCAAAACUCUCACUUUUGUACAUUUAAAUUCCAGUGAAGACAUUUUGGCAGGAUGUGUGCUGCUGUCUGACUCUACACACACACACACACACACACACACACACACACACACACACACACACACACACACACACACACACACACACACACACACACACACGCACGUACGCAAGCAGACACAGUGUAGGGAAGGUUAUGUCCUUGUCAUAAAACCAGGAUGGAGUUCGCCCCUCACUAACACACACAUAAACCCCCCUGAGGGGAAAGGAGCGGGCCCGGCGUGGUAUCUGAUUGUCACAGCGGUGUCACAUUGGCAAUGUGGACUCAUUUAUCAGGCCUGCACGUGGACCAGCUGAACACAUGCACUAACUACCAAAGCCAUAUGCACAAACACACCUGCUGAGUAAAAACCAGGAACUCACGUGCAUCUUUUGUUUUAUGAUGUAAGCGUAAAUACAUGGUAUGAGGUAACAUUCAUGUGCGUCUCACUCUGUGACGUCAGAGAUGCUUCCUGAAAGCCACAGAAAAAACAAACCUUUUAUUUUCUUUUUUUGUUUUUAAGUUUUGCCGCACAGAUGGCAAAACAUGCCCAUACUGGACAAAGCCAAAAGUAUGCAGAGAGAGAGAGAGACUCUGGUGGUUCUUAAAACUGGAAAAAUAAAUAAUUUCAAGGGGACAUAUUACGCAAAACUUACCUUUUGCAUCCUUUUGUGCUGCCAUGUGGGUCUCUUCUGUCUCUAUAAACACUCCAAAUGCAAACCUAGUAAUAAUAAUAAUAAUAAUAAAUAAAAAUAACUAUUUAUCAGUUUUCAGUCAGUGUUUGGUUUUAGGAAGUAUGUGCCUAAAACAUGUUUGUGAUGUCACAAACAGCAAAGUAGCAUAGAACCACCUCUCACAUGCAAGAAAGAGCUGCUGCUACAGGAUCCGAGGCACUAAGCUCCUCCCAGAUAUUGAAUCUUCUCAGCCUAUAGCAGUCUGAGUGGGGGAUGGGUGGGCAGCUUCAGCUUGUUUCCCUAAAGUGACAGAGCCCUGAAACAGCUCAUUCUGGAAGGUACUGAAAAUGUCAAGAAUAAAACUGCUGAAAUUGCUGUAUGUGAGAGGGAUUUAGUGCAAAGAACUUCACAAACAUGUUUGGAAUUGACCAUAGAGCUAUUACUACGUAAGAAAAAAGGUCACGAUGUGUCUCCUGUUUUCAGCUGGUUUGGAUUCAAUGUUUUAAAAUGCUUGUAAAAACAUGAUUUGCAGGUUUGUGCCAAGUAAACGGACGUCUCCUCUCCCAAACCCAAAUCCUUACAAUUCUUCAGAGGGCUGCUACCUUUUGCUUUACAAUCUUCAUGUUUUAUCUUCUUAAUGAUCCUCACUGAGACACAAGGAACGGCUCGGGAUCAACCUGGCCUUGUUUCCCAUCUUUUACUUGUAUUUCUAUGUUGAGAAAAAAAUGUCAUGGUCCCAUAUGUUUGUGCAUCUCGUUUUUCCUUCUCUGUCAGGAUUUUGGAUUGUUUAUUUUAAGAUGUAAGACCCCAAAUGUAGCAUAAGAAAUGACAUAAGUACUAAGUUUCAUCAUCUGCGUUGAAAUAGUUUGACAGGAAUGUGUGUUUUUGUUUUGUCCAGCUUAGAUACUUUUUUUUAUUAUACCAGUACUUGAAAAUGGGUUGGUUGCGGCAAGUGUUUGAAACUGUGAAAAUGCACAAUAUAGGGGUAAACAAGCCCUAAAUAUAUUUAAAAAAAACUUUUUUCACUAAGGAAUAAAGUGUUCAAGUGA